CUAAGGUCAUUCACUGGCCUAUUGUACACGUCCAAAGCCGCGGCUUUCAGGCUAAGCCGGGUCGGCACAUCAAGGCUCAUUUUAGGUCAGACUACUGCGGUAUUUGAUUCCGGGCAGUGGGGGUCCUCUAUGACAUCCAUCCUACGCCGAGGUCUUGGUAACAACACCCGAGCGAUAGCCAUUCUUCAGCCUGGUACUCCUUUCCACCCCAUAUCCUCAGCAGAAAGACCCUGCACGCCCGCGGUCCGCGUUGGCGUUCUUUAUGAUCCUGUUCAUGCCUUCCGUGUUGUUAAUCAGAGGUUCGAUAUCUAUGGCGGCCGUGCGGAGCUUGAUCGAUCCAAGGAUGGUCUUAUUACGCAGAGUGUUGUUUGGGAAGUCACAACGUCUGAUGAACGUGCCCAUUCCUGA